AUGUACAACACGCACACAGAUAUUUGGGUGGCAGGCGCAUUCGCCGCAAUCGUGGUAGACUUUGUCGUUUAUCCCAUGGAUACGCUCAAGACGCGCAUCCAGUCACCAGAUUAUGAAAAGGUCUUUAAAGAUGCGCGGACACAGGCAGUGAAACGAGACGUCCUCUUUCGUGGUCUCUACCAAGGAGUCUGGAGUGUGGUUUUUUCAACAAUACCAUCAUCAGGAGCAUUCUUCACCACAUACGAGGCUAUCAAGAGUACCCUGCACGGCUCAUCCACAAGAUCCAACAAAAAUGGCAAUCAACAGGGUUACUACUCAGAAUCCAAGACCGGCUUCCACCUACCUUUCACGCACUCCCUGCCCAGCCCCAUCAUCAAUGCAAUCGCAUCAUCCUCCGCCGAGGCCGUCUCAUGCUUCAUGCUGACCCCAGCCGAAGUCCUCAAACAAAAUGCCCAAAUGGUCCAAUCAAAUCACAAGGCCCAACCCACCGAUGUAAGCGCUAUGCGGCAGGUCCUCGCCCGAUUCAAGGGCCAUCCAUGGAAACUCUGGCAUGGGUAUUUCGCCUUACUAGGUCGUAACCUCCCGUCCACGGCGAUCCAGUUCCCCCUCUUCGAAUAUAUCCGGUCGAAAGUCAUUGCAAGGUCCCAACGACGCAAAGGGGCAGAGUCGUCGCGGGACAAGUGGGGCAAUCAUGCUCAGAGCCAAAGCGAGCGUUUGAUGGAACGUGCUGGAUUAACUGCGUUCUCGGCGUCCAUUUCAGGGUCCGUCGCUUCGAUAAUCACCACACCUAUUGAUGUGAUCAAGACGCGGGUGAUGUUGUCGGCGAGCGAUACCACGGCUGAAGAGUCGAAAUUCGCGGAGCAGAGUAGGCCUAGGGCUUCGAAUAAGAAGGGUACUUGGGCGGUGGGUAAGCAGAUCUUCCGCGAUGAAGGAAUACGGGGAUUGUUCAGGGGAGGUGCAAUUCGGAGUGUUUGGACAGCUUUGUCUUUGAGCUUGUAUCUGGGACUCUACGAGGGUGGUCGGUUUUAUCUUGAAAAUCGGCGACGUAGACUCGAUGGUGAUGCAUAG